CGUCAAUUCCGCGGAGGAACGUCCUAUACCGGUGUCAACUUCUGUUACACACCGACCGAGGGAUGGAAAGAAAACUGAACGACGGCGGCAUGCUAUAUGAUGGACAAGAGGGAAGCGUUGACGUCACCGUGAGAGCAGGACAGUUUGAGCCGGACCUAAGAGGUUGUUUACAGUGAGCCGAGCUACGAUAUGAACUUGAACCGCUGUGCGUCCUAGUCGCACCACAACGCCUUUAAGGAUUUAUUGGAUUUAUUUUAGGUUGCACUGCUCUUUUUUUGUUUGUUGUGUCCAUUCGUAUGGAUUUAACGCUGGGCAGGAAUGACUAUAAUCUGGAUAUGGACUACCCGCCCCCGAGCCAUUUUACGCACAGCUCUUCAGGGAGUCGUCUGUGACCGCAGCAGCUCCAGUGACAGUUGUGCCCAAGCCAGACAUAAGUAUUAUAUACACGAGUUUCCAAAUCGUCUUAAUUUGUCUUCAGCUGCCCAUUUUUCAUAAGAAGACUUGGUAAAACACAAGAACAAUCUCGUCGCUGGUUAUCUAAAGUUGAUCAUUGGUAACCUAUCUAGUGUCCGUUUUGGAGAUGCUGUUAAUAGCAACACAGAUCGCUUAACGCUUGCGGGCACAGACGCUACGUGCUACAUUUUGUGUCACUGCUGCACAUUUGUUGGUUUGGCUUUUAUUCCCAGGGGAUUUAUUCCCAGGGCUUUCUCGGCCUGUAUACUCUGAGAUGUUGCUACUUUCCCCGCUGCUCUUCUUUUUCCUGCGCUCCGCGCUCUUGAUCGCCACGCGUGGGGUGGACGUCGGCGGCGCGCACAAUGAAGACCACCGCGGGUUCGUCUUCCCCGGGGGGAGCGGGGGCGCGGGUUUCGAGCCCAUAGACCUGUGCAUGAUGGUCUCCCCGCCCUGCGUGAGCGAGGCGGACCGCUACAGCCUGGAGGCCCUGCGCAGCAUACACCAGAUGAUGGAUGACGACCACGAUGGAGGCAUCGAAGUCGAGGAGAGUGUGGAGUUCAUCAUCGAGGACAUGAAAGAGCAGCAGACCAACAAGCACAGCCACCUGCACCGAGAGGACCAGCACAUCACUGUGGAGGAGCUCUGGAGGGGAUGGAAGUCCUCCGAGGUCCACAACUGGACUCAGGACGCUGUGCUGCGCUGGCUGAAGGGCUUCGUUGAGCUGCCCCAGUACGAGAGGAACUUCAUGGACUUCAAAGUGAACGGGAACACACUCCCCAGGAUCGCAGCCAAUGAACCAGCCUUCCUCAGUGGCCACCUCAGAAUCCAGGACCAAAGGGACAAGCAGAAGCUUAACAUCAAGGCUCUGGAUGUAGUGCUGUUUGGACCACCCACACGUCCUCCUCACAAUUACAUGAAGGACCUGCUGCUGAUUGUUUCCGUGGUGAUGGGGAUCGGAGGGUGCUGGUUCGCACAGACCCAGAACAAAGUGAGCAAGAUCCACAUCUCCAAGAUGAUGAAGGACCUGGACAGUCUGCAGCGUGCCGAGCUCAGUCUCCAGGAGCUGCAGGAGCAGCUGGAGCGAGCGCAGGAGGAGAAGCGUAACGUGGCGGAGGAGAAGCACCACCUGGAGGAGAAGAUGAGGGACGAGAUCAUGGGGGCUCAGCAGGAGGCCCACCGGCUCCACCGGCUGAGGCAGGGCGCCGUCACCGAGCUCAGCCGCCUGCGCUACGCAGAGGAGGAGCUGGAGCAGGUGCGCGGGGCGCUGAAGCAGGCGGAGAAGGACAUGCAGCUCAGCUGCUCGGCCUCCGAGGGCCUGCAGCUCUGGCUCCAGCUCACCCACGAGGUGGAGGUCCAGUACUACAGCGUCAAGAGGCAGAGCGCAGAGCUACAGCUGGCCUCCGCAAAGGAAGAGGCGGAGAAGAUCAAGAAGAAGAGAAGCUCUCUGCUGGGGACUCUUCACGUGGCGCACAGCUCCUCCCUGGACCAGGUGGACCACAAGAUACUGGAGGCCAAGAACGCCCUCUCCGACGUGACCGCCUGCCUGCGCGAACGCCUCCACCGCUGGCAGCAGGUUGAGCGUCUGUGCGGCUUCCCCAUCUUCAGGAACGCUGGCCUGGCCCACCUCACUGCCAUGCUGUACUCGGAGCCCGUCCCGGUCCCCGUGAGCCGGGGCCAGGCCUCGUACUCCUGCCAGAGCUCCCUGCAUGGCUCCAUGGAGGACCUGAUGGAGGACUCCUCCGCCUCCAUCAUGUCUCAGAUGCCAGGAUCGUCCCUGAAGCGCUCACCUCGGCCUCGGGGCUCCGUCAUCUGUCGACUGCGUCGGCCCGGUGUCAUCGUCCCGCCCCAAGCAACCAUGAUCUCCUCAGACCCGGACCUCCUCAUCCCCAUUAGAGCGCCGAUGCCCCGUUCAGAAGACGAAGAGGGGCGCUUCAUCAACCCCAACAGACCACCACACAUGAAACAGAGUUCCCUUGAGUUGUAUCCAGACACAGAUUACAUGGUUCCGGGAAGCAGAACCUAUCCCAGCUCCUCCUCCAAUGACUCCUCCAGAAAGCUUUAUAGGGAUGAAGCUAUGGAGCCGUUUGCAGACGCCUCCAUCAGGAAGACCAGCACUACAGAAUUGGAGGCUUCCAUUGAGCCUCCAGUCCAAAAGAUCUCUGUGGGGGAGGUUGAAGCAUCUGUAGAACUUGCCCAAAGAAAAGGGAAAGAUAAACCCAUUGAGACUCCUGGGCUGCACAUGCCUGAGGAGGCUACUGAAUCGACAAUGGACAGUGGCUUUAGGAGGAAAUCCAACGAGAGGAAUGAAGAUUCACUGGAGAGCCAUGGGAGGAAGAUACUAUCUAAUGACCCAGAAGCUGAUGUAGAAUUUGCACCUCGCAGAACAGACGUACUAGACUCUGCUUCGAGGAACAUUUACAGAGAUAGAAGUGAUUUAUCACAGGAUGCUCCAAAUAGAAAGACGCUUUUGAAUCAACCGGAUGCAUUGGUGGAUGUGGCAGCGAGGAGGCUAACCAGAAAUAUGAUGGGAUCUUCAAUGGACAGCGGCUGCAGAAAACUGCAGAGGGAAGGGGCAGAGCAAAUACGUGACUCCAACCCGAGAAAAUUAACCAGGGACUCAAUGGGAAUGUCUAUGGACACAGGAGUUAGGAGGUUGGCUUGGAACAAGACAGACAUGUUUCAGUUUGAGUCUCUUGUGAGAGGUGUGCCGAAAGAUAAGUUGCCUGAGAGCAUCCCCGCCAGAAAGAUAUCCAGAGAGGAGCUGGAGUAUUGUGCAGCAAGGACAGCGAGAGAUGAAUAUGAGAUGGGUGUCGGCUCACUAUUGCGAACGACACCUCGGGAAAAGAUGGACAUUGCUGUCGAUGCACCCACAGGGAAGGUCUGCUGGGAUAAAGCUGAUGUUGAAACGGCAAAGCAACGGGUCCUUAGGGAGUCCGAGUUCUUGGUGCACCCUGAAGCCAACACGUGUCCCAGUAGGAUGGGUCAGCCGGACCUGACCUUAACGUCUCCAUGGAAACAACAACCCUCCGACCUGAUGGCCCCCGGCCCGUUGUGCCAGCUCGUGUACGACGGCAUACUGGAGAAGUCCUGCCCCUCGGCGGGGCCCGGCCUGAGGGAACUGUCUGCGUCGACGCCCAACCUGCCCCAGAGCCCACUGGGAGGAGAGGGGGCCUCACUGCCAGCUCCAGCACAAUCAGGACCACCACCCGUCCCACCAAGGGCCUCCCACUCUGCUACGACCAGGCACGUCCCUGAAGGAGAGGAACGGAGCAAGGACAGAGACAAGGGCAAGAAGUCCUCAAAGCUGAAGAACCUGUUUAAAAAGAAAAAGGACUGCGCUCCAGAAAGACUGGAGGGUGGCCUGCAGAAACUAUAACUCUCGUUGUUUCGAUUUUGUGAAACUUGACGUUUAGACUUUAUCUGAACAAUAUAAUUUAGCUCUUCCUUUUAGUCCUAGAUUAUCAAACGGCCGAUGGAGCCGGUGCCCCUGGGACCUCUGUUUUUAUUAAUGUGUAUGUGUUGAAAUACAAACCAAUGAAUGCAGAGGUCACGUAUUUGCAAAUCAAGAAAAAUAUGAUGAUUGGUUUGCAGGCUGUUUCAGUAUCAUGAUGGUGGACGAAGCGAGUUGACCCGUGACCUUGGGAAUUUGGAUAAGGGAAGGGUGGGAAGGUUUUACUAAUGUUAACUGAGCUGAGAAUAGACAACCUUAAAUUAAGUUGCAUAAAGUUAGGUGUGAACCAGGGGCAUCUGAUCAUGUAUGCCUUAUCGAAUAGGAAUAUCUAGUGUUUUCCUUGUAAGCUUUUCUCAAAUUUACAUCACAAGUGAUGAGCAUAUAAUGGACAAUCCUAAUUUCAGGUACUUAUUCUUGUCUACAAGUUGUGACAAGAAUAUUUUGUGACAACAUAAAUAGAUAUCAUUGGGUUUCUGGGGAAAACAUUACAUCUCUAUGCCAGGAUGUGAAUAUGUAGGAAAUCCUGUAUGAUCAGAUGUACUUGUUACAUAUAUAAUUGUUCGCUACAUGUCUAUACGCAGAACAGUAUAAAUCGAUUACUGUGUGUGUGUGCGUGUGAGCAUGUGUGCGCGCGUGUGUGUGUGUGUGUGUGUGUGUGUGUGUGUGUGUGUGUGUGUGUGUGUGUGUGUGUGUGUGUGAUGUGAGAAUCUGAAUCAUUG